CUAUGGCAACAUAUUUCCCUAUACCCCCUUCCUCUUCCCUCCCUCUCUCUCUCUGCUCUCGUAGGUCCACAAUGGUACAGCCAGCAUCAGCAAACCUCGGUUCCGUCCAUCACUGCUUUUUUUCUUUCCUCAUCGUCUUGUUUUGAGUCUUUUUUUUUCUCCUCACCUCUUCGCCAUCUUUAUGCACGUUUAAAGUCAUCCUUUAGCUAUGGUCACCGCAAUGUUUCUAAUCGGGAUGUUUUGAAAAAGGACUGUCACCGGACUGGGAUCGUCAUCAGCUGGCACGGAAUGGACACAGUGGAUUAAAAGAGAUGCAGCCACAGAGGAAAGUAUUUAUGAGCAGACAUUUCUUAUAUAACUGCAGCCAACCAAUCCUGGAUGUGAAGAUAGCCUUUUGUCAGGGUUUUGGAAAACAAGUGGAUGUGUCAUAUAUCGCCAAACAUUACAACAUGAGCAAAAGCAAAGUGGACAACCAGUUCUACAGUGUGGAAGUGGGAGACUCCACCUUCACAGUUUUAAAACGUUACCAGAAUUUAAAGGCCAUUGGCUCUGGAGCUCAGGGAAUUGUCUGUGCGGGCUAUGAUGCUGUCCUGGACAGAAAUGUAGCCAUCAAGAAGCUGAGCAGACCCUUCCAGAACCAGACCCAUGCCAAGAGGGCAUACCGGGAGUUGGUGCUCAUGAAAUGUGUCAAUCACAAAAAUAUCAUCAGUUUAUUAAAUGUCUUCACACCACAGAAAUCAUUAGAGGAAUUCCAGGAUGUGUACCUCGUGAUGGAGCUGAUGGAUGCCAACUUGUGCCAGGUGAUUCAGAUGGAGCUUGACCAUGAGAGAAUGUCCUACCUGCUCUACCAGAUGCUGUGUGGUAUCAAACAUCUGCACUCAGCCGGCAUUAUUCACAGGGAUCUCAAACCAAGCAAUAUAGUGGUGAAGUCAGACUGCACCCUGAAGAUCCUGGACUUUGGUCUGGCCAGGACAGCAGGCACCAGCUUUAUGAUGACCCCUUAUGUGGUGACUAGAUACUACAGAGCCCCAGAGGUUAUCCUGGGCAUGGGAUACAAAGAGAAUGUGGAUAUAUGGUCGGUGGGGUGCAUUAUGGGAGAAAUGGUGCGCCACAAAAUCCUCUUUCCUGGGCGGGACUACAUUGACCAGUGGAACAAGGUAAUUGAGCAGCUGGGCACACCCUCACCAGAUUUCAUGAAGAAGCUUCAGCCUACAGUGAGGAACUACGUUGAGAACCGGCCAAAGUACACAGGUCUCACCUUUCCCAAGCUCUUCCCUGACUGCCUUUUCCCUGCUGACUCUGAGCACAACAAACUCAAAGCUAGCCAGGCCAGAGACCUGCUGUCAAAGAUGCUGAUCAUUGACCCUGCUAAACGGAUAUCGGUGGACGAAGCCUUACAGCACCCCUACAUCAACGUGUGGUAUGAUCCAACUGAGGUGGAGGCGGCCAGGGAUCUCAUCCAAAUAUCCAUGCCUCCACCUCAGAUCUACGACAAGCAGCUGGAUGAAAGAGAACACUCCAUUGAUGAAUGGAAAGAACUAAUUUACAAAGAGGUGAUGAACUUUGAGGAGAGAACGAAGAAUGGCGUUGUGAAGGGACAGCCUUCACCUUCAGGUGCAGCCGUGAACAGCAGCGAGAGCCUCCCUCCCUCCUCCUCCAUAAACGACAUCUCCUCCAUGUCCACCGACCAGACCCUGGCCUCAGACACUGACAGCAGCCUGGAGACCUCUGCAGGACCCCUGGGGUGUUGCAGUGUAUGAUCGGUCCCUCCACCACCCCAUGGACUGGCCCACAGCCCUGCAUGUCAUUGUGUACCAUUAACCCCUCAUAGGUACAGGAGGUUGGUCUGUUUCACUGUGGUGUUGCCACCAGGAGAUGAUACUUAUUUAUUUGACUGUCUGAAACAUAGAAGGCUUUUAGAAAGAGAUACAAAUGAUACAGCAGGUAGAUUAAAGGCGGUCGAUGAGUGUUAACCUCGUAGCAAUGUAUCUUUUUGUUCUAAAGUAAACUCAUUUGACCACACACUACACAAAAGACAAACAUGUUUUUGUCAAUAAAAAGGAUCUGAAUAGAGGCUACCCAACAGUUAUGUUAACUACAUUAUUUCUUAGGUGGAAGUUAUUUAUUGAUUUAUUUAUUUUGAUAGAUGGAACCUGAAUAUGGCAAGUGCCUUUUGGAAUGAAGCAUUGCAAGUGCAGAAAUUAUAUAUUUUUUUGCUUAUUUUAUUCUCUGCUUCUUCUUUUUCUGCCUUAAAACUGUCCAAAUCCCCAAGCCACUAAUGUUGGUGGGAACAUUUAAGGAAGAAAAACACCGUUUGGCCAGAUGUUGGCACUUUCACUUAAGUUUCUAAAGUGACAUUUUGUGGUAUGAAAUCAAAUUGUUCUCUUCAGAUUGUAUGGCUUAAGACGUAUGCAUGCUCAUACCAGUUUUUGCACAACAUGACAUUUUCCAUAUCGAUUUAAUUUCUCCUUAUAACUGAAUCUCCAUAAAAUAGUGUGACCGGAUUUUCUCAAACUGGGACCGUAGCACAUCGUCCAGUUACAGCCAACCACUGUAGGUCACAUCCAAUCGUUGAUAUUGUGCCCAGAGCCGAGGCCAUCUGAUGUCCAUCUUAUUCACUGCUCACAACAACAACAUUUUAGCUGCAUUAGUUAAUUUAUGUGUUACUGCAGCUUCUCAUGCUUUAGAUAAAAUACAAUCCAACUAGAAGCAGGUGAUCUACAGUAUAACAUGUUUAUUAGUUUGUUUAUGUGUUAUUUAUACUUAGUUAUAUAAUUCCCAUUACCUUUGUUUCCACUGCCAUAUUCCAUGUUCUCAUGCAGGUUGUGUGGGUUUAUGGGCAAAGAACCAUUAACAGAAGCUGGGUUGAGAAAUCAAAUUUUACCAGGAAAGAAAUAACUUUAAUGAACAUUUUUUGCUGUUAGAUGGAAAGACAUUCUAGUGUUUGUGUGAGAAACAGAUUACUACCUUCCUUAUGCAUAACAAUUGGAUUACCCGUCAUCACUUGACAAUCAGGUAACUGACAACAUACAAAGAUAAGGUUUCUAGACACUCAAGGAUGCUUAUUGCCCUUUGAUGAAUCAAACAUAGACAUCUGUUUGUUUCUUGCACGUCAAAACAACAAUUUUUUAAAAAUAUUUCCUACUCAUGGAAAUUGCAUGGCUCAUAUGUCCACUAGUUUAGACUAAAGGUUCAAUCCCAGUCGUGACAUUGUUACAUCAUUGCAGUAAUGACAGCAGUGUUUAGGUGGACACUCAGCUGCUACAGCACAGUGGUUUCCUUUCUGCAUGGAGUCUACCUAAAGCACCCUGUCCAUGUACAUACAAUGUCUCAAAAUCCCUCCCCGAAAAAAAAUUAUAUACAUAACUUCUAAUGGCUACUUUGUUAACACUCUUUCUGCCUUUGGCUUGUGUACAGUGAACCACACACAGACUUACAGUACCUGACACAGAGGGUCACUGAGGGUGGCGUCUCCAGAAUAAGCGACGGCUAGAUCGGCUUUCUGUUCAGGGUCUGGCCAGGGCAAUCUUUUAAAAAAACAGGGUGCAACUUUGAAAUUCUUUGUGUUGAAAAUGUUCAAUCUCUCAUAAAGGGGUCUAAGUGUUUUGAGUUGACUCCUACAACCACAUACAGUAUAAUCACAACACGGUUGCAGUCAUUACUACAGGUGCAUUUUUACCCAUCCCAACUGCAUUCUUCUUUUCGAGGUACAAAUACUGAAACAUCUUUUUUCUUUGUCUUUCUCUGAAUGUGAUCUUUUUUUAUAAAGACAUCCCUCCAGACAAUUCUGCUGUAAUAAAAAUGGUGCUUUUGGUUCUGUUUAAUGCGCCUGAAGUUGAGAUGAUUCUAACAGCUGGGUUGUCAGCACUGAAUGUAGAAAUGAAUUGUUUCACUCACGUCAUUGCUGCUCUGCUUUGUCAUUAGUGUGUGUGUGAUUUCAAAUGAACCAGCAUUCAACACAAACUGUCUGUAAAGUUGAAUUGGAAGAUGUGAUCUGGCAAUCUGGACAGAUUAUUCAACAGUUUGUGUUUUCACAUCUUUCUUUCAAUACAGGAUUUUAUGAGAUUGCUUUUAAGAAUGUUGAUGGUGAGUCAGUACAGUUGUGUGUUUGGAAGUAGUUCAUGUGUGUAUUCACAUUUAGUCACAUAAACUUUAGAAUUUAGAAAUGUGUCUAAUACCAAUCCUGAUCCUAAUUUUUGUUACGAGGGAUUUGAAAUGAUCUCUUGUCAAUGCAGGAUUUAGCCAAAUUCAUGCCAUUCAUUUCUAAUCUCAAGAUGGCUGACUUGUCAUUCAGCCAUAAUGUUUUGCCAAUAUAAAGUCAGAAGUUAGGAUACAUCUUGUACUCAGCUGUGCCAACAUAAGAUCUUUGGACUCAGUACUUGUGACCCCCAGUUUAUUAAUUUAUUAAUUUCCACCUUUUUCUCUCAAGUCCUAUUGUAAAUAACAACAAUCCAACAAUGCAAUAAACAGUUUAUUGCACUCAGACAGGGAGGCAAGCUACUGCAAGGGUCGGGUGACGCUAAAAUGUUUAAAUGUGGAUUAAAAUGUGGAACUCUACAAUGAUGAAUCCCUGUAUAGCUCAUCUGAAUCAGGUGAUGUUGUUCUUCAAUUCCCUUAUGAUUCCUUCUCUCUUGUUUCUUUUACUCCGUGCUGUUUUAAUGAAUCAUUCUUUUGACAUUGUCAGGUUGAAAAAAAGAAAAUAAAUUGUAUCUGUUUCACGCUGAUCUCAAAGCUUCAGGCUAUAGCGUUUCAAAUAAAGUCAAAACAAAUGCUAAAAGAAAAAGAAAAAAAUGUACUGAAAGCUGUUACUGUAAACACAACAUUUUAAAGGAACUGUGUAUGUAAAAAUAGUAUAUGUAUGUGAUUGAAAAUAAAUAAAAUCUUUGAUCUUGGA